AUGGGAAAGUACUACAGCAAAAGCGGAGCUCGGAAAUUUUCAAGUGAAAUAUGUGAUUUUGAAAAAGUCAAGACCGAAAUAGGGACUAGGGAGUACGGACUCGUUGAGCACCGAUGCUAUGAGGUUCAUGUUUUCAAACGCCAAAAUGAAAACAAGGAUUCGAGUGGGACGCAAGAUAAAGAUAGUAUAACCAUUCAUUUCGGCCAACUGCGAAACAAAGACUUUUCUCCAAUGCAAAAGCAGAGUUGCGUCGGCCGAGAAAAGAAAGCGCUUCUAAUGGUGUUCUGGAAAAAGAAUAAUUCCAAUAGUACAUACACACAUUUAUCUAUUGGGUAA